AUGACUAACGACUCAGCUCAUCAACAUCAUACUGGGGAAACAUCUUCGGAACAACAAACCGCCACAACAACCACUAAGCCCAUUCAUCAAGAGGAACACUCCACCAUAGAAACUGUCUCCCAAAUCGAUGUUAAUCCUUCACAAGAGGAGUAUUUUGAUGAAGAGGAAACAAAUGAACCUGUUCUUGAGAGUUUACCAAAUACAUUGGAGUUGACUCCAGUUUUGUUAGAUAAUGCUUCUUUCAGAGAUACCAUGAAGCAUACAGUCAAAGAUCCUGUUGAAAUGAAACAAGCACAUCCUUCGACCUUAGAGGGCUUUACGAAAUUUCACGACACCAAAGCUGAGGAACAAGCUGCCAAAGAAAAAAAUCAUUACCAAGAAGAAAACAAUGCUUCCCAAUCUCAAAAUGAACAUCACGAUAACUCAGAGAUUCAUGUCUCUCAUCAUCAACAACACCACGAGGAGGUACAACAUCAUCAUCACUCAAAAGAAUCAGUCGCACAAGCACAUGGAGAAAAAGCACAUUUCUCAAACCAUGACCACCAACAUGAAGAAUUGAAAUCCGAUAAAGGAUCGGAGAGCUUUCAAAACCACCCAUCUACAAACAAUGACCAAGGUACCACCUCAUCACCAAGCAUGCUUGGAGAGGAAGCUGUACUGUCUCAUUCAGAGAAGGAACAAAACACCCCUGGUGGCUUACCCAGUCAUGAAAUCGAGGCAAACGGUAAUGACAAUUCCAUUCAUCAUCCUCAUUCGAAAUCAGAAAUUAUUCACCAACCUGAGAGUGGUGAUAUGGAUAAUCACGACGAGAAAAUUCCGAUUAAUGUUUCACACCAUGAUGCUGCACCUGUGAGCGACCAAAAUUUGGAAAGCCCACAAAUUCAUCAGCGUCUCGACGAGAUCAACAACAAAGAGGCACACGUUGCUCAUGAAAUUCAUGCAAGUAAGGAGUCAGUUCAUAACGAAGAGGCUCAAGAAACAAUACCAGAAGAGAACAACCAUUUCAGGAAUCAAGACGCUCACGUUCAACAUGUCGAAAAAUCUCCCAGAACUGUACACAAUGACAGCCAAGUCCAAACUGUGACACUGGAGGAAAAUUCUCAUCGAGAGCAUUCAACACCAAGAGAAGAAAUUUCUCAUUCACACUCUGUGUCAACCCAGGAGGAACACGAGAAAAGAAAUUCUGAUGCCACCCAUCAUGAUCCAACUCACGAAACAACAGGAGAAGAACCAUACAUGCAUCACAACACUAGCAUUAAUAAUGAUGAAGCUGCAGAAAAUAGCUCUAAGGAUUUGCAGGAUAAAGUCCCCUUAGAACAACACGAAAAAGAGCACGAGGAACAUGUGUCCAAAGAUGAAUUACUUGAAACAUCCCUUAUUCAUGAGACGCCUAGCUCUUCACAUAUCUCCGAGGAAAUGGAAGUAACCACAAGCGUUGAUGAAACAUCCAUUCAACACAACUUGGAAAACGAAGAUAAGGCGCUUAUUUCUACCGAGAGGUAUGAUAAAUUGAAAGAAACAAAUGACGACAUUGCUCAAUCCGGAGAGCUGAAAGAGGAGGAGAAAUUGGGUGUUGAAGAGACACCAGUUCAAGCCACUCAAGAGCAAAUGGAAGAAGCAACUCAGCAACAGGAAGAUGAUCAUGUAUCUGACUCCCAUUUGGUUGAGCAUAACUCAAUUGAUCAUGCACGACAACUUGUUGAGGAACCGCAAGAGGAGCGAACACACCAUGAAAACCUGGAAACAACAGAGGAGUAUGAAAUGCAUACACCCACUGAAAACAACUUUGAUGAACCUCGAGCUGAUACUACUGCCAAUAGUACGGAGAUAGAGCCAGCUAAUGCACAUCAUCACCAUGCUCCUCAACAUGACACAGAAGAGGAGGCUAAGCAUCAUCAUUCUACCAAAGAUCACAUUAACGAAGAAACACAAGCAAUUUCAAAGGGUGAAAACUCCUUCUUGGAUGAACAAAAAGAAGAAACCAUGGGACAUGUGAACCCACCUCAUGAAGAUGAAAAGCGUUCUCACCAUCACCAUGUUCAAGAAGAGAAUGACAUUGCUCCUUCUCAAGAUCUUGCUCUUGAGGAACCUCAAACAGAAGUUCAUGCUUCUCAUAUGAUUGAUGAGUCAUCUAAUUCAAUUGCUUCACCUCAUGAAGUUUCACAGCAAGCACACUCACUUCAAGAUGUUCCUCCUGUGAAUGAGGCAAAGGAAAACGAAAAAUCUGAACACUCUGCACAACACCAUGCUGCCCAGAGUCAAUUCGAGGAGACGACACGAAUUGCUGAGACAGCGGAAGAGUACAUGGAGCCUCAACAAGAUCACAAAAAAGAGACACCUUAUCUCCACCACCACCACAACGAACAUGUCGACCCAGAGAUGAAUCUUCAUGAUAUUGAACAACAUCCCGUGCCAUCAUCAGAGAAGGAAGUUGAUGCUUUUCAAAGUGAAGUAUUGCCAACAGGAGACCCAGAAGCCUUAGAAGAAAAAAUGCCAAGUUCUGAACACGUGAUGGUAAUUGAGCAGGAGCAACAUCAUCAAUCAUCAGCCUCAGAUUCGCAUACUAGUACGGGACACGAGGAAGCACACUCUCAUCUUCACAGUGAGGAUACUAUACAGCAUGUUGAAGAACAUCAUCAUCCUCACCACGAACAUUCGCACAUUCAUCACGAGGCCAAACAUCAUCAUGACCCUCAUUUGCAAGAGAUUGAUACGAGUGAGGCACAUACAACAACCGGAACUGGAGAUGAACUCUCAACAAAUACGAAACACCAAGACCACCACACUCACAUUAAGGAAGACUGCACUGUUCAUGAGCACAUCGUCCAUAAUGAGGACGACCACACUCACAAUCACCACCACAAUCAUCAUCAUGUAGAAGAACACGGUUCAGCACCACUGGAUCAACACGAUGCUUCUCAUGCCGAGAGCCAUCACCAUGCACAAGAUUCAGAAGAAGCUCUUCUUAGCCAUCAUGCUGAGCAUGGGUCUUCUCUCGAGCAUGAGCAUCACCGCGAGCAUGAAGAAAGUGGUCCUAUCGAACAGCAUUCAACUACAAACAUAAACGACCAUAGCACAAAUAGCUCAGAACUUCCAGAAACAUCCACUUCAACAGAGCUAGAAAGAGACCUUAACAAACUGCACGAGUCUCAACACAAUGCAGAACAUCAGCAUCAUCACCACCACCAUGACCACAGUGAAGAACUUCACCAACAUAACCAUGAAACUCAUCAAGAAGUGCAACACCAAAUCCAAGAUCAACACCAUCACGAAGAGCCUAAAGAUCAUCAUCAUGAACAACAUGAGCAAAGUUCAGAAGCUCAUGUCGCCAGUCAUGAGCAUUCUCAUGAAGAACACGGCCAAUCUCACCCUUGCGAUGAGAAAGAUCAUCAUCAUGAACAUCAAGAGCAUUCAAGUAAGGCUGUUGCUCAUGAUGAAACGGUUGUCCACGAAGCAGCACACCAUCAUCAUGCAUCUGAAGCCCAUGAACAUCAUCAGGGCGAACAUCACGACCACUCUUUGCCUUCUGAUAAUCAUCAUGAACAUACUCAUACCGUCUGUGAACAUGAAAAUAACACACUUCAUCAACAUUCUGAGAAUGUUGAUGCUGAUCACACUUCUGAGGCUAAUGUCCAUCAUCAUGAAGAAAGCAUCAAUACAAGUAUUUCAGAGAAUGCAAGCGAGUCUCAUCAUGAGAGAAGUGUAGAACAAAGCAAGGAAACAAUGGAAGAGUUAUUGCACACUGAAAAUACUGAAACGGCAGUGGAAAAGCAUGACUUACAUUCAGAUCACCAUCACGAGCACGAUCACACUCACCAACAUCAUGAAGAGCCAGUGGAAACAAGUGAUGAAACCACACCUCUCGAGUUAGGUUCAAUAUCACAACAAAUAGAGGCCUCCCAAGAAUUGUCAAUGAAUGAGGAAAGCACAAUUGUUGACGAGGAAAAUAUUAAACCUCAAAUUGACGACAAGCAAGAUCAGCUCACGAAGGAAAUAAUUCCUGUUCAAUCUGCUGAACCUGGAAAUGAUGAUACAAACAGCCAAGAGACUAUUGAGCGACAUAUCCAUGACAAGGAGAAUUGCAAUUCGACCACUCAUGAGGAGCCUCACCAUCAUCAUCAUCACCACCAUCACCACCAUGACUCACCAAAAGAUGAGAGUGAGGAGCAUAACGAGAACGCUGUUACUUCACCAGAGUCUUCAGAAACAUCUCAUGCAGUUGAUGAAGAGAAGGAACAUCAAGAUACGGCGGAAAAGUCUCACCACAGUGAACCACAUCUUUCAGCAAGCCAAGAGCACACAACUAGUUGUUUACACGAAGACCAUUACCAAGAAGACCAACAUCCAGCUGAAGAACAACAACAUACAGCUGAUCACGUCGAAGAGCAUCAUCAUACUGAACAUCACGAAACUUCAUCCCGUGAUCGUUUUGAAUCCCAUCAUGCUUCCUCUGAGGAAAAAGUACAUGAGCAGACUCAAGAAGAAACAGAAAACUUGCACAAAGAAUUACUAGUACAAGAAGCUCAUGAACGUCAUCACGAAGAAGCAACAGAGGAGAACCAAACUCAGGAAUGUGCAAAGAAGGAACCUGUAGAUGAUGAAUCAGAUCAUCGUGUACACGAUAGCAACUCAUUUAUUCACAAUGAAGAGUCAACAGAAGUUGCCGAAGAAACGUUUGUUGAGGAUGCUAUUGAGAAUGAACAAGCUUUAGAGGAUGAAAUUCAGCAACCAGUUGACCACCUGAACCAUGAAGAAUAUGCUCUUGAAGAACCAAACGAAACGCAAAUAGAUGACGAACAAGGACAGAAUGAGCAAGAAUCAUCUGCUGCUUUGCCAAUAGACGUCAUUGAAACUCAGCAAGAAGAGAUCCAUCUAGACGAGGAACCCAAAAAUACUCCUAUCCAGGAAGAAGAAGCCACGGUUGAGGCCCUGCAUGAAGAUUACAAACAACCACCGGUUGACAAGCUCCAUCAUGAAUCAGUUCAUGCUCAAAGCGAAGAAAUGGAUCAUCAUCAUGAAGUUAAACCAACUGACGAAGGAGAAACCUCUCAGAACGAACUCAACGUUGAAAAUUUUGAAACUAAGGAACCUGCUGCUCAGUUAUUAGAAACAACUCAAGAAGAAUCCAACGAAGAUUUGCAAGAAGAAGCAAAUGAAAUAGAGAAUUAUCAAUUAGAAAAUGAGUUCGAAAAUCCAUUUACGGAAGAAGAGCCAACACUAACCCACAUAUCUCACUCUGGAGCUGUGGAAAUGCAAGAGGAAGAGACUGAAACUACUGUCCAACCUUUAGAGGUUACAGAAGACAGCAUGCUCCAUGAAGAAAAUGAGUUCCAGGAUGUAGUAGCAAAUGAAAUCGAGGCAAUUUCAGCAGCUGAAGAAGAACAUUCCACAGCCCAUGAUCGCACUGUAUUUGAGGAAGAACAUAAAGAUACUCACGAUCAUGUAUCACAUCAUGAAUCACAUCAUGCACACCAUGAACAUCAUCAGGACGAACAUGGACAACAUCAGGAACCUCACUCCGAAGAGGAACCAGCUGAAACGAAAGAAGAAUUUUCAGAUGUUCACGAAGAGUCAUUCGAUGACAAAGAUUUCACUAUUCACCCACAUGAAACUUCGUUUAAUUCAAUGGAUGAUUUUGAAUCGGGCAAUCACCUAUCGUCUGAAGUUGCUCCAACCCUUGAGGAGAAUGAGAUAGCCCCUCAUGAAGCACCCACCUUAGAAAAUCAUAGCCAUACUAAUGGCAUGAUGCAUGUCGAACAACAAGAGACAACCACGAUUCAUGGUGGUCAACACUUGGAUCUUGAGGAGAAUGAAACCUCCAAAAUGGAGGAGCAACAAGCUCACGAAAGCACAUUCACAUCAGAUCCAACCGUUUCUAGAGAGUUUGAAAACGAGUUUGUGGAUGGCAAACAAGAGACGUUUGAGGAACUUAAGGCGGAUGCAAUGCAAACUGGAGAUGAGGAAGUAGCCAAGAUCAACGAUCACAAAGAGACACCAAUGGACCACCAUCAUCAGCUUCAUACUGGCGAGGCCAAAACAACAGAUGAAACUGCAUCACAAGUUCAUAGGAAGGAAGAUUCUGAAAAAUUGAUGGAUCAUCAUCAUGACCACAUGACCUCUGUUGUACAUCAUGACGAAGCGACUACCGCCCAACAUUAUAAAGACGCUCAUCACCAAACCUCAGACAGUCGAGCCUUGGACAAUACACACAAAGAAGAUGACUUUUCUGAAGAGUUUGCCGAAUUUGAGGAAUCAGCUACUACCCAAGAAGCAGAGAAUGUUGAAAUUCACCAUGAUGACCAUCACGUGGAGCACAACAGAGAAGAGCAAAAGCAUGUACGAUUUGAAGAAGAACAUUCAGUAGUUCAUGUUCAUAAUUCACAUGACAGCUUAGAGGAACACCAUACCACCUAUCAUCCUUAUGAGGAACUCACUCAUGAGCAAAGCAAGAGUAUUUCGGAGCCUUUAACCGAGGAGUCACUACCAUUCACUGUUGUCAAGGAAAGUAAUCAUUCUCAAACUGUGCACAAUCUCCAACAACAGAAAGAAGAAAACGAAAAUAUUCAAGCCAUGGAAGAAACGUUCGAGGAGGAAUUUGAAGACUUCGAGAUUCAAAAACCUGUCUCUGAAAAAGAUGCCCCUACAGUUGACAAUCACACAGUCUCCCAAAAUGAUAGCCAUGCUUCUAAGGAAUCGCACUCAGAGAAAGCAGUUGAAGUUUCCAGUCAUCAUUCCCCAACCGUUCAACAUGAAGAACCUUCAACUUCUCAUACGGUUGCUACGGAGGCAUCCUUGGAACCUGUUGUGGAGGAACAAAAACCAGAGCCCGUCAAGGAAAGAACACUUGAAGAUGUGUAUAUUGAAAAUUGUCAGAAGAGAGAUCUCAGACCCAACACAAGGCUAAGAAAACAAUUUGCAGACGGAUCUAUUGUAGUUGACGGAGAAGUGAAUUUAUUCGACAAUUAUCUUGGCGACAAAGGUCUUGAACCAUUUUUGGAAACUCUGUUGCAAUUACCCUUCUCAAAAUUAAGUCUUCCCAAGCAAGGACUAAGAAAUCCGGCUGUGCAAUCAUUGGUUGAAAUUUUGAAGCAACAUCCUACUAUUGUAGAAAUUGAUUUAAGUGAUAACCUCAUUUCCAUUGCUGGUGCGUUGGCCCUGAUUGACUUUGCAAAAUCUAACCCUUCCAUACAGAAAAUCAAUGUUGAAGGAACCUACGUUGAUGACAUUUUCAAGCAAAAGAUGGAGAAAUAUCUUGUUCAACACAGGCCAAUUGUAAAUUAA